AUGUAUGAAGCAGGGUCAAAGGCAUGGCUGAGGUAUGCCAAAAGAGACGACCUUCUGCAAAAAUCGUCCAGUGAGCUGCAUGCGAAGUAUUUCGUCUGCAGCAGUCACUUCACAGCGCGUGACUUCAUGGACCCUGGGCGAACAAAGCUAAUGAAAACCGCUGUGCCUUCAGUUCGCCCAUCGACAUAUUCAGAUGCUGAGAGAGCUAAAGACUUUAUGGAAGCGACAACCCCACCGUGCGGCGCAGACCCCAUGGAGGCUACAGCCUCCAGCUUCCGGCCCGAAGAACCCUCAACCGCUGCCCAUGACUCCAUGGAAGCGACACCCCCACCGUGCGGCGUAGACCCCAUAGAGGCUUCAGCCCCAUCAUGCGGUGCAGCCUCCAGCUUCCGGCCCAAAGAACCCUCAACCGCUGCCCAUGACUCCAUGGAAGCGACAGCCUCACCGUGCGGCGCGGACUCCACGGAGGCUACAGCCCCAUCAUGCAGCUGGCCCUUGGAUUUCCGACCGGUGACACCGUCCACAUGGUCCUCCUCUGAACCAGUUGGAGCUUGUACUUCUACGCCUCCUCUGCGCAGUUCUGCGCCGAGACCUAAGGACAUCAUAAGGCGUCUCCAGGCCAAGGUUUCAAAGUACCGGAAGACCAUCGCAAGGCUGCGCAAGCAAGAGAAGAAUAUGCCUCGAUCGGCUGCGGAAGCUCUCAACAUCAUUCGCCCUCACGUGACAGACGAGGUAUUUCACCUACUGUCAAGCCAUGUUAAAUUGAAAUCCAAGGGCAAGGGAAAACGAUUCCCGUUAUGGUUGAAAAAGUUUUCUCUUCAUCUCAACUUCCGUGGGCCGCAUUAUGUCAUCCAUUUUUACAAAAACACAAUCAUGGAGUAA